AUGGGUGAGGAUAAACGUUUUAACUGUAGAUCACUGCCACAACUCCUAACCAACACAAACAUCUUCACCGACUGUAUGGCCUCUUUGGUUCACUUUCCUGUUUUCCAAACACAGGGUUGGUGCAAACCAUCAGUGUCCAGCACAGCAUGAAUUAACGAAUGCUUCCCUCAGAGUGAGCUCACGCAACCAAGCUUUCAUCCUGCAAGUUGGAAAAGGCCACCUGCAAGUGAAGGGAGCAUUGGCUCAGAGCUGCGUGACUGUCAGGACUCCGACUGUGAAAGCCUUGUUCUGGAAAGGCAGUAUCAGUUAGAACUCCAGCAACGGAUUCGUGCUAAUGACGAGCUGGUAGGACUGAGUGCUGGGCAGCUGGAGAAUGACAGCUUAGAGGAAGAAGAUAGCUUGGAGAAGGUGAUUUCAGAGGAGCAAGAAGGAGCUAAGUAUGUCACAGUGCAGUAUACACACAGAGUACGAAAGAAAGAGAGCGAUGGAAGGGAACAGCAGCCUGCAGACAAAUAUUUCAGCCUAAAGUACAAUCCUAACUGGAAGAACACAAAAGAAGCCGUGGAAUUUUCUGAAGUAGAAAAAACACACCACGUUGCUGAAGGAGGCAGUGUGGACCUUCCCCAAGAUUCCUUUUACCUCCAUUCCAGUGUCUCCUCAGGAGAAAAGAAUCAACACGAGGCAAAGUUUCAGGAGUCAUUCUCUGAGUUUGGUACAGAAUUACUGAGCUUUCAUGAGCCAAAUGCCUUCGUCUCCAGUGAACCUUUUAGGUUACAUACCAGAGGGAAUGAAUCUUCAGAUGGCUAUUAUUUCAAAGAUAGCCUUAGUACAUACAGCAGUGCUUUUUCUCUUCGGAUUCCAGAAGAUCGACCUCAAAGAGCAAAAAAAGACUUUGUGGAAAAAAACAAGCGGACUUUAGGAUUGCGUACAGACAAGAACAAAUCCUAUCUUCAGUUACAUGGCAAAAAGCAAGAAGUUAUUCAAGAGCAGGUUGCAGAUAUUGAAACUAUUGAUGAGGAGCCAGUUCAGAGUGCCUUGCCAUACCCAAACAUGAAAAUGCACCCCGAAGACAAAUGGUACCUGAAUUCACAGCGGCUCAAGGAUCACCAGAACAAGUGGUCCCAAAGAAACAAAGUAAAGUCCAACCAGAAUCUCGAGGGAAGGGCUUGUUCAAGGAGUGAUAACCAUCAGCAGGCAGGAAGACCAGCAAAACCAAAGUCUUGGCACUACAGGCAACACCAGAUGUCAGAAUUUCAGACUGCUCCUCUGCAGGCAGUGGAACAAUACAACAGCAAUGCACUGCAGAAGUGCCCAAAUCCUUCUGUUGGCCCUGACACCAAUACAGCAGCAAAUUCAGAUACUUGCUUAAUUAAUUUCUCAGCAUGUACUAGCAAGAACAACAAGAAUUGCCAGCAUGACCGUCCAAAAGGACUUGCACAUGGCCAGCAACAUUUAUAUAACCAUGCCACUGUGCCAUUUUUCCCAAGAAAUGGCAGUGCCAGUGCUCAAGCACAUCCAAAUCAAAAGAAGAGUUCAUCUACUUUUAAUGCUAACUAUCAAGAAAUGGCAAAGGAUCAAGUAUUGCUUCAGGAUUGCAAAAGACAAAUUUAUGCCACCAGUAGUUUAUGGCCUUCCCAAGCUUCUGUUCACAGUUCACCAGCAGCCUUUUGUACAGCCUUCCAGCUACCACAAACCAUGGAGCGACAGCACCAAGAAAUGUCUUGUUUGAGAGAAGCUGAUGACUUGCACUUGUUCAGCCCACUUCCACCUCUAAUACCCCUCAUAGAAAGUGAUUCAGAAGUAGAUCCAGAGAGAGGUGAAGGAAAUCAAGUGAAAAUAAGUCGAAGCAACUCUGAAGGCUAUCUCAUGCAAAUAGAAAAGCAAAAACAGCAUAAAGUCUGCAAGAAGCCAUAUAGCUCAAAAGCCUGUAUCAAUCUCGAUGUAAAGCUUGGAGGCCUUGGACCUGACUAUGAAGCAAUCAAGGAAAAAAAAGAGAAGUUAAAGCAACAAAAGGAAUAUGCACAGCGAAUUAAGGUGCACAACAUGAAAAACAUUGCUUUGGUUCAGAGGUUACCUACGAAGCCCCAGGUCAUAUCUUCAGUAUCAAGACAGAAGGCACUGGAAUAUGCAAAGAAGAUUCCUAAACCGAAGCCUUUCACAGCAAGGCAAUCAGAUGAAGAGGUGAAAGAGGAAAGAGCUCUGCUAUCAACUUUAAAAAGAGACAGUUUACCUCCAGUUACACCUUUGGAAACUUUACAGAGCAGACACGAGAAGGAGAAGCAAGUUGUAGCUGCUUUCAGAACCCUUCAUAUCUUAUAAUUAUCUCAAAAUGAUAGGGAUAUC